AUGCAACCGUCCAUGUUACUUGUCCUGCUUGGGACUCAUUUCACCGUGGGGCAGCAGCAGGUAUUCAAAGGCCUGGCCUCUGGAGUGGAUGCCCAUGACCUGGACGAUACUAAGCUUUACCACUCUGGUCUAUACAAUGGAGGUUUCCAAGGAUACGAUCAUGCCCCAGCUGCUACGGCCCAGGAAUCUCAGACCUGUCCCGUUGGUCACUACUUCAAUGGCGAACGCUGUGUUCGAAACCAGCAAGGUCACCCAUGCAUCCCAGGAUGGGUGUAUGACCCUCUCGCUGGGGAAUGUCAGCAUCAGGGCGGCACUCCCCCUCCCCCUCCCCCUUCAAAUUGCGAAUCAGAGAAGCAAAAAUGCGAAGCAAAUCUGUCCCAGUGUCGGAAUGAAAACGGUCUUCUUUCCAACCAGAAGCAAGAAACCGAGCAAAAGCUCACCACAUGCGAGCGCGAGAGGGACGAAUGUAGGAAGCAGCCGCCGCUGCCGAGUAACCCUGGAAAAUAUGUCCCUGAUCCUUCCGGUAAGGCAUAA